AUGUCAACUGGAAGGGUACGAACGAAAAAAAAGGCAUGUUCUUCGGACCAGUCUCCAGACAACCUUCCUCUGAGGAGUUCUGGAAGACAGGUGAAGAAGAAAGCGGCUGAAGCAGCAGAUGAUGAUGAAGAAGCAUCAGAGAAGAAAUAUAGAAAGUGUGAAAAAGCUGGAUGCACUGCAACGUGUCCCGUUUGCUUUGCGAGUGCAGCUGAAAGAUGUGCUAAAAAUGGGUAUACGUCUAGGUGGUAUCAUCUUUCCUGUGGGGAACACUUCUGCAAUGAAUGCUUUGACCACUAUUACCGAAGCCAUAAGGAUGGUUAUGAGAAAUACACUGCCUGGAAAAGGAUUUGGACAAGUAAUGGUAAAAGUGAGCCAAGUCCAAAAGCCUUCAUGGCUGAUCAACAACUUCCUUACUGGGUGCAGUGCACAAAGCCAGAUUGUGGUAAAUGGCGUCAGCUGACAAAGGAAAUCCAGCUGACACCACAAAUAGCAAAAACCUACAGAUGUGGUAUGAAACUGAACAAUUCCACCAAGACUGAAGGCUCAGACCAGUGCUCCAUGCCUGAGGACUUGAGAGUGGCUGAAGUUUCAGACCAUUGGUGGUACUCCAUGCUCAUACUCCCUCCUUUGCUGAAAGACAGUGUGGCAGCUCCCUUUCUAGCUGCAUAUUAUCCAGACUGCGUGGGCAUGAGUCCAUCCUGUACCAGCACUAAUCGGUUACCUGGUGAAUCCAACCUUGUGAAGUUAGAGCACUUAAAGAGCGUGCCUAAUUUGACUGUUGCAGGCAUGAACAAGUAUUUCCAGCCUUUUUAUCAGCCCAAUGAAUGUGGGAAAGCACUUUGUGUGAGGCCAGAUGUCAUGGAACUGGAUGAGCUCUAUGAGUUCCCAGAAUAUUCACGAGACCCUACCAUGUACUUGGCUUUGAGAAACCUGAUUUUGGCUCUGUGGUACACAAACUGCAAGGAGGCUCUUACCCCUCAAAAAUGUAUCCAUCACAUUAUUGUUCGGGGGCUUGUGCGUAUUCGCUGCGUACAGGAAAUGGAGAGGAUACUUUAUUUUAUGACAAGGAAAGGGCUAAUUAAUACAGGGAUCUUAUCAGUCAGUCCUGACCAGUAUCUUCUUCCUAAAGAAUACCACAAUAAAUCUGCCAUCAUUGUUGGGGCUGGUGCAGCAGGAUUAGCAGCAGCCAGACAACUGCACAACUUUGGAAUUAAGGUCAUCAUCUUAGAAGCUAAAGACAGAAUUGGUGGCCGAGUGUGGGACGAUAAGACAUUCAAAGGAGUCACUGUUGGAAGAGGUGCACAAAUCGUCAAUGGAUGUGUCAACAACCCAGUGGCACUAAUGUGUGAGCAACUUGGCAUUAAAAUGCACAAACUAGGGGAGAAAUGUGACUUGAUCCAGGAAGGUGGAAGGAUAACAGAUCCCACUAUUGAUAAACGUAUGGACUUUCAUUUCAAUGCCAUCCUAGAUGUCGUCUCUGAGUGGAGAAAAGACAAAACCCAACAUCAAGAUGUUCCUCUUGGUGAAAAAAUACAAGAGAUCUAUAAAGCCUUUAUUCAGGAGUCUGGUAUCCAGUUCAGUGAGCUGGAAGAAAAAGUACUACAGUUCCAUCUCAGUAAUUUGGAGUAUGCCUGUGGCAGCAAUCUCUCUCAGGUAUCUGCACGCUCAUGGGACCACAAUGAAUUUUUUGCCCAGUUUGCUGGAGAUCACACUCUUCUAACUGUGGGAUAUUCUACUGUGAUUGAUAAAUUGGCAGAAGGGUUGGACAUCCGGCUGAAUUUCCCAGUACAGAGUAUUGACUAUUCUGGAGAAGAAGUACAGGUCACUACUGCAGAUGGAACAGUGUGGACAACACAAAAGGUAUUAGUGACUGUACCGCUGUCCCUUCUUCAGAAAAAUGCCAUUCAGUUUAAUCCUCCACUGUCAGAAAAAAAAAUUAAGGCCAUUAAUAGUUUGGGAGCAGGAGUCAUUGAGAAGAUUGCCUUGCAGUUUCCUUAUAGAUUUUGGGACAGUAAAAUUCAAGGAGCUGAUUUUUUUGGUCAUGUUCCACCCAAUUCUAGCCAACGUGGGCUCUUUAGUGUUUUCUAUGACAUGGAUCCAGAGGGCAAACAAAGCAUUUUAAUGUCAGUGGUCACAGGAGAUGCUGUGACAACCAUUAAGAAUUUAGAUGAUAAACAAAUACUGCAACAGUGUAUGACUGUACUUCGAGAGCUGUUUAAGGAGCAGGAGGUUCCUGACCCAGUGAAGUUUUUUGUUACUGGAUGGAGCAAAGACCCUUGGCUUCAGAUGGCUUACAGCUUUGUAAAAACAGGGGGCAGUGGUGAAGCUUAUGACAUUAUAGCUGAAGACAUACAAGGAAAAAUUUUUUUUGCUGGUGAGGCCACAAACAGGCACUUUCCUCAGACCGUUACAGGAGCUUACUUGAGUGGGGUUCGAGAAGCAAGCAAAAUAGCAGCAUUUUAA